AAAAUGCAGCCAAGAUAAUGUUAAAACUCACUGGAUGACAACUGAAUGUGACAAUAAAUUCGGAUAAGUUUCGUUAACCAAGUAUUAUCUUUUUCUUUCUUUUUUUUUUUGAGCAUAUUAUACUUUUAUUGUAACCAUUCGAUAAACAGACAAAGGUUAUCUGAAUAAAUAAAUAAAAAUUUGAAUAAACAGAUUAUGAAAUGCAUAUUAGUAGGCUACUUUGUUAUGACUAAUAUAUCAGUAUAUCACAAACGUUAUAUAUUUUUGCUAUAAAAAGAAAUGGAACACUAUGCUCAUUUUGCUAAAUAUUAACAAUGUAAUAAUUCCAUUUAAUAUCCUUGGUUAAACCUUGGAAUGGAAAACCAUUCCACCGGUUGUGCUUUACUAUAGACAAUUGGUCUCUACGUCUUGCUGGGGGAGGAGAUGUAGAGUGAAUUAAAACUCCCUGAAUCACGCAGUCAGCACUGUAAAACUUAAAACUAAAAAAAGGCAGUCAUUAUGGUCUCUUGGUCACAAUCAGAACGGAGUGCCAUUGCAGAUCUCUGGGACAAAAUCAAUGUCGAUGAGAUUGGGCCUCAGUCCCUGGCAAGAGUACUGAUUGUCUACCCCUGGACCCAGCGCUAUUUUGGCAAAUUUGGAAAUUUGAACAGUGUAGCUGCCAUCCUGGGGAACCCCAAGGUCACUGCCCAUGGCAAAGUUGUGCUGAACGCUCUGGACAACGCAGUGAAGAACCUGGACAACAUCAAGGAGACCUAUUCGAAGCUGAGCCAGCUCCACUGUGAGAUUCUCAGCGUAGACCCCGAUAAUUUCAGGCUUUUUGCCGAUUGUCUCACCAUUGUGAUCGCGAACAAAUUCGGAGCCGCAUUCACCCCUGAAAUUCAGGCUACAUGGCAGAAGUUUCUGGCAGUCGUCGUAGCCGCUAUGAGCAGCCGCUACUUCUAAACUUUCCAUCAAGACAUAAGUGCAACAAAUAAAUGUUUAAAUGAGC